AUGAGGGGACGCUAGUUCGGUUCCGACGGGUCAUUCACAAUUCUUGAAAUUCUAUGUCUGGAAACCGAUAAAACUCUCUGAAACCAUAAUUAUAGCAUUUUCUGAAUUGGAGAGAGAUACCCUUUAAUUCGGCUUGUACCCGUGACGCAACAAACUCCUAUUUAUGUUUAACAUUUUAACUUUUCUGAGGUGAUUUCCUGUUUUUUUCCAUGGGUAUUUCCCCCACCGAUAUGACACAAUGUUCGGAAAUCGAGCUGAACGCUUUCUGUCAGUCCGUUGUUGCUUUGCAUUUUAGCCGAACUGAAGACAACCUUCCAAUUUACCGAAAACUCAUUUGUUUGGCUCAUCUCGACACCGAUAACAAAAGAUGAGCGGCAAAGACCUCGUGGUUGCCUACGCUCUCAGCCUGGAGCGUCAGAUCGCCGAGCGGGACUCGGGCCUGGUGUGCAGAGAUGAGGAGGUGUUUAAGAAGCUGGAGGAGCUGAUGAAGGAGGGCGGCCCCGAGGAGGUGCACUGCUGGGGUCUGGAUCCUCUGCGGGUGAUGGAGGAGUCCCUGAAGGCGGCGGCGGCGGCUCCGGGCUGCAGCAGGCGACCCACGGCCAGAGGAGGACUGCACGGUCUGGCUCAAGCGUUUGAGGUCCUGGAGCAGGCAGCUUUAAACCUGUACGUGGGCCCCUGGAGGAAGGAGUACAAAGUCAUGAAGAUGUACUCUGGGAUGUUCACGCACCACGUCAUGCCGGUGCUGUCCAUGCCCCAGAUCGAGAACCUGUUCGGCCUGUUGGGAUACGAGCUCAGCCCGUCUCAGCCCGAGCAGCUCUGCCUCCAGGCGGCCAGAGGCGGCGGCGCCGCUUGCUCUCCGGACGACCUCCUCCGUCUGGCCUGCGGCUUCUUCGCGGCUCGGUGCGAGUGUCGCCUCAUCCUGGAGGCUCUGGGGAAACAUGGCGGAGACGUUCAGUGGGAGCAGAGUAUGGUGAAGGAGAGGCAGAGAGGAAACAGCCUGCAGGUUGCCCUGGACAACACCAAGAAAACCCUGGAGGUCUGCCAACCACAGAUGGAGCCGCCCAGAGCAGGAGAAGAGGAUCUGUACGGAGACGAGCUGCUUAACGGGGGGCAGAGGAAGGUGCUCAUCACAAACGAUGACGGUCCUUCCUCUUCAAUGUGGGGGCCUCAGAGCAUCAUUUCAGCCCCGGCUGUGAAAACGCACAACAACGGAGUGUCCUCACCGCUGGAGUCGGACACCGACAAGAAGGAGCAAGACAGGCGUCCUGGUGGAGAGUCCAGGCCUGAGAAAACGGAUUCAAACCUGCAGGUCGAGGUGGAGGCCAAGAGGGAGCCUGAAGUCAACCACUACUGCAGCUGCCUCCAGACUACUAGUCACCAUAUUCUCAGACAGUGCAUUGAAUGCAAUGUCUUGCACGAUUUCUCCUGUGUCUCCAUCAAUGCCUGCAUAUCCAUGGGCCACACAGUGGAGUUCACUGACGAGAUGGAGCCUGCAGCUUUAUUGCCUCAGAGAGGAAGCCUGAGAGGCAAGAAGGAGCAAGACAGGCUUCCUGGUGGAGAGUCUAGAUCUGUGAAAACAGAGUCAAACAUCCUGCAGGUCGAGGUGGAGGCCAAGAGGGAGCCUGAAGUCAACCACUACUGCAGCUGCUUCCAGUCUCCUGGUGCUGUUCUCACACAAUGCAUUGAAUGUAACACCUUGCACGAUAUCGCCUGUGACUCCUUCACUGCCUGCAGGUCCAGCAGGCACAAACUGGAAUAUCCCGUUAAAAAGUUUGAAGACAUUCAAAAGCCUGCAGCUGUGUCACCUCAGAGAGGAAGUUUCAGAGGCAAGAAGGAAGACAGGCUUCCAGGUGGAGAGUCCAGGUCUGUGAAGACAGCGUCACAGUCCAGCACUCUGCAUGUAGAGGUGAAGGGUUUGAGCAAGAGGGAGCCUGAACUCGACUACUACCACAGCUGCCUUCAGUCUUCUCCUUCUCUUAUUGAACACUGCUCUCAGUGCAACGCCUUGCAUGAUUUCUCCUGUGCCAUCGUGAGUGCCUGCAGGGCCAGCGGCCACAGAGUAGAGCUCUUUGACACAGGGACUAAGGAGCCUGCAGCUGUGUCACCUCAGAGAGGAAGUUUCAGAGGCAAGAAGGAAGACAGGCUUCCAGGUAGAGAGUCUAGAUCUGUGAAAACGGAGUCGCUGCAGGUAGAGAUGACGGCAAAGAGGGAGCCUGAAGUCAACUACUACUGCAGCUGCCUCCAGUCUCCUAAUGCUGUUCUCAAACAAUGCAUUGAAUGCAACACCUUCCACGAUAUCGACUGCGCCUUCUUUGACGUGUGCAGGUCCAACGGCCACAUAGUGGAAUAUCCCGAAGAGGUGAAGGAGUCGCCAGCUGUGUCACCUGUGAGUAAAACCCACAUCGGCAACACCGCCAGGAUCUCCGCCUUAGCUGUGCACAACGAUCCCAAGUCAGUGACUCCGUCCCUGCCUCCCAUCACCUUCCAUCACUGCUGUGAUCUCAACCAGCUGGACCCUCGGCUCCUGUGUCGCACAUGCCAAGUCUUCCACAACAGUUCCUGCCCCGACAAGGACCGGUGCCAAAGGGAUCACGACGUCCGUGAGCUCGGCCAGUGCUUCUGUGGCAGGUACUGCUCCAGGAAGCCGCUGGUCCUGUGCAGAUAUUGUGGAAGGGAGUAUUGCAGCCAGUGCUGGUACAAAACUCCUGUUUCAUGCACCUGUGGCCAAACAUUUGACCAAGGGUCGCCUGUGUGAUUUGCAUUUAAAGCACCAAUGAGGCACAUCUCACAAAAAAAAAAAUCAGUGCCUUAAAAUCUGAAGCUGAAUUCAGACGCUGCCUUCAGACACACGCAGUGUUAAACGUGCCACAUUUCUCCGUUUCUUGUUCUGUGUGACAUCAUGUUUAUUCUGCCAGUGGCCAAACUAAAUACGGACCUUAAACACAGUCACAAUCUGCUCCUUUGUCACUUCGCUGUAGUUUAAUGUGAAGAUGAAAAACGUCUGUUUCAAAUGUGUUUGUUGCUUCCAAUGGAAAAUGAAAGAAUAAAUCCACUGUUUGAGGAUGAAUGUUUUUUUCACAGUGCAUGAGCUUAGUCAGAUUCACUCCAGCGGAAUAAUUCAGCACAAUAUUACACAAAUAAUUUCACAUCAAAUUCAGCAUUGAAUGGCAUCGUAAUUGGAAUUCAUUAACUCCUGUUUUAUAAAAACAUGCCUUUGUAUGUAAAUUUAUAAUUUUUAUAUAUUUUUUUUUGUUUGUUUUUGUGGAAAAUCCAAAACAAAAAGAUGCUUUUAAUCAAAAACCAGUUUGUUACACAGUUUCUUUAAUAUUCUCUGCAUCAAAGAAAAGACACUUGAACACUUGUAUGGAUCAUAAUAAAACAAGGAAGCUCAAAAACACCUCAAA